GGCAGACAUCUAGUAAGUAGUAUUUGAGCAGUGUUUUUCUGUGGCUUCUCUUACAGGUACACCAGGGGUUGGGAAAACCACACUGGGAAAAGAGCUUGCAUCAAGAUCAGGCUUGAAGUACGUUAAUGUGGGUGAUUUAGCUCGAGAAGUCUGAUCACCGGAUAUCAUGGAGUCUGGCAAGAUGGCUUCUCCCAAGAGCAUGCCGAAAGAUGCGCAGAUGAUGGCACAAAUCCUGAAGGAUAUGGGGAUUACAGAAUAUGAGCCAAGAGUUAUAAAUCAGAUGUUGGAGUUUGCCUUCCGAUAUGUGACCACAAUUCUAGAUGAUGCUAAGAUUUAUUCAAGCCAUGCUAAGAAAGCUACUGUUGAUGCAGAUGACGUGCGAUUGGCAAUUCAGUGCCGAGCUGAUCAGUCUUUCACUUCUCCUCCCCCGAGAGAUUUUUUGUUAGAUAUUGCAAGACAAAGAAAUCAAACUCCCUUGCCGUUGAUCAAGCCUUAUUCAGGUCCUAGAUUGCCACCUGAUAGGUAUUGCUUAACUGCUCCAAACUAUAGGCUUAAGUCUUUACAAAAGAAGGCACCUCCUCCUGCAGGAAGAAUAACAGUUCCACGGUUAAGUGUAGGUUCAGUUUCUAGCAGACCAAGUACUCCCACACUAGGCACACCAACUCCACAGACCAUGUCUGUUUCCACUAAAGUAGGCACUCCAAUGUCCCUCACAGGGCAGAGGUUUACAGUGCAGAUGCCUGCCUCUCAGUCCCCUGCUGUAAAGGCUGCAAUUCCUGCAACAUCAGCAGUUCAGAAUGUUCUCAUUAAUCCAUCAUUGAUUGGGUCCAAAAACAUUCUUAUUACUACUAACAUGGUAUCACAAAAUACAGCCAAUGAGUCGGCAAAUGCACUGAAAAGAAAACGUGAAGAUGAUGACGAUGACGACGACGACGACGAUGAUGACUAUGAUAAUUUGUAA